AUGGCUGAAGAUGGUGAAGUUCUUGAUUGUUGGGAGCAACUCGAUGAUAAAACCGUUUUUGACAAGAAACUCCAAGAAAUUAACGACAAUUUAAAAUCGAAAAGCCCAAAUUCCAAUCGGUUAUCUGGUUCAUUACAAGAAGAUACACAAAGGACUCCUUACCAACCUCAAGUAAAGAUUUUAAAGAGACAGCCAGGCACUGGUGCUAAUACAGAUCGCAUUGGAAAUUCAGCAAACAGUAUUUCAAUAAAUCGUCCAGUGAAGACUUUGGAACAGCGAGAAGCUGAAUAUGCUGAGGCUCGGCUAAGGAUUAUGGGAUGUGCCACUGGUUAUGAUGGCCAACAGACACAGACCCCAGCAGAUAAUAGACCAGUCAAAUUACUACAGCCAUUUGAUUGUCCCCCGUCAGAUAACAACAUUGUGCGCCAGCCAAAAGGCCCGGACGGCACCCGUGGGUUUGUCGGCAGUCAGAGUUCGUUUGAUAAGUGGGCGGCUAGACGAUGUUCAUUCGUUUCUGCCAUUCAAACACUGCUCCGCAAAAUUGCACCCCUCUCCACCGGAAAAAAAGUAAAAACAGCUUCUUGA